AUGGGCUUGGUCUGCACACUGCCCUGGCUCCUCGUGCUUGCUGCUGGGCCCUUUUUUUCGGAUUAUCAACGCCGUUAUCGAUUGGCCGCUUCCUCGACGGGGCUGCAAGAAGCGGCGGCUGAUCCGCCAGUGGCCGACCCGGCCCAAGAUUUAUCCGAAGCGAGCACGGACUAUACACAGACUCACUCUCUUUCUUUCCGUGCCAUGUCCACCACAACCCACUUCCCCGACGCUGAUUGUUUCCAGCGUCAGUCGGAUGAAUUCGUCUCAUGGCUGAGCCAGAAGCCCGGGGUCCGAAUUAAUCCCAACAUCCAGGUCACGGACCUGAGAUCUCAGGGAGCCGGAAGAGGCGUCGUCGCUCGCUCGGACAUUGCCGAUGGUGAAGAACUAUUUGCUAUCCCCCGCGAUGUCGUUCUCACCGUGCAGAAUUCCGGGCUGAAAAAUCGCAUCUCGCAAGAUCUAGACGAGCUUGGUCCCUGGCUCUCUUUGAUCGUUGUGAUGAUUCACGAGUAUCUGCUUGGCGAGAAGUCUGUCUGGGCUCACUACUUCCGAGUCUUGCCCACCAAAUUCGACACAUUGAUGUUCUGGACAGACUCGGAGCUUUCGGAACUCCAGGCUAGUGCUAUUGUCGACAAAAUCGGCAAGCAAGAUGCCGAGCAGUCUAUCCUCGACAUGGUCGUCCCGAUUGUGCGAGCCAACCCUCACCUUUUCCCGCCAGUCGAAGGUCUUAGCUCGUAUGACGGCGAAGAAGGUGCAAGAGUUCUGCUCGAACUAGCUCAUCGAAUGGGUUCUCUCAUCAUGGCGUACGCUUUCGAUAUUGAGAAGAGCGAGGACGAGGAAGGCGAUGGGGAGGAUGGAUACGUGACCGACGACGAGGACCAAUUACCCAAAGGCAUGGUUCCUUUGGCGGACCUUCUCAACGCCGAUGGGGACCGCAACAACGCGCGACUCUUCCAGGAAGAAAAGUUUUUGGUGAUGAGGGCUAUCAAACCUAUCAAAGCAGGAGAUGAACUUUUCAACGAUUACGGCGAGAUACCUCGUGCGGAUCUUCUUAGGCGCUAUGGCUACGUCACCGAUAACUAUGCUCAGUAUGAUGUGGUCGAACUGCCAUUGGCAUUGAUAUGCCAGGCUGCGGGGCUCAGUGAUGCGGAGCCCGAAAAUCAGCCACCGCUUAAGCUCCUUGAGGAUUUGGAAAUCCUCGAAGACGGAUAUUGCAUUCCACGUCCGUCGUCUGAAGAGCCACUGGCCGACCUUCUGCCAGACGAGCUUCUCGCUCUCCUCAAAACGUUAACCCUCACCCCAGAUCAGUUGAAGCAAUUGAAGUCGAAGAAUAAAGCACCAAAGCCCGCUUUUACGCUACCUGAAGCGCAGCUACUUAUGGAAGUUGUGCAGAAAAGAGCGACUCAGUACUCAACAAGCAUUGAACAGGAUGAAGAGAUUCUGAGUCGUUUCCAUGAGAUGGAAGUCUCAGGGCCUCUAGAAGGCUCUCCUCGUCGACAAAAGAUGGCUGUCCAGGUCAGAUUAGGAGAAAAAGAGAUCCUCCGUCAACUGUCCGCGAUGUUAUCGGACUAUAUUUCCAAUGCUAAACAGAACGGCGAGGGAGGCCCCUCGGCAAAGCGCAAUGCACCUGACGGGGAUUCCAGGAAGGCAAAGAUCCAAAAGACCUAA